GCCGUCCUAUUUACACUUAUCUUUUAUCUUAUUGCCACUCCAAUAUGGCAAGAUGCUUUAUUUGAUGAUGUUUUAAGAUUAAGAGGGCUUGGUCACAUAUUAGAAAGGCAUAGAACCAUAUCAGAAACUACACUUUGUUGUCGAGGGAUAUGUUCUGGUCUUACAAUAACUUGUUUUCAAAUAUAUGCAUUAAUAUUAUUACAAAUAUUGACGCUUCUUAUUACAUUGCCACUAAAUGCAUUACCGAUAAUUGGAACUUUACUAUAUUGUUAUAUUAAUGGUUGGAUAAUGACAUGGGGUCAUCAAUUGCAUUAUCAUCUAGAAAUAAAGGAGUUCAACGUAAAACAGUCAAUCCGCUUCGCUUUGAACAAUUCUGAUGAUUACGUAAUGUUUGGAAUGGUUGCCGUUGCUUUAGAAUUGGUUCCUCUUGCUAAUUUUGUUUUUUUUUGGACGAAUGUUGUUGGAGCUGCUCUGUGGACUGCUGAUGUUAUCAUUGAAGAACAGAGAGGUGCUUCAAGAAGGUUGGUUAAUCCAUAUGUGAAUGUAGGUGGUGCUGGAAUACCUCAUUAUGCUGUACGAAGAAUGAAUAAUGAUUCUUAUGAAAAGCCCGCUACUAAAGUAACAGUUACCUGUACUCUUACUGAAACUGCAUGCACUACACCAACACCCAGUUGUAUUCCUAUUGGUGAUCCAUGUGCGCCUGAAAAUGCUACUUUAUGUUGCCCAAGUCAAUACGGAUCACCACGUUGUUUUUUUUCUAAUCAUUAG